AUGGGCAUAGAAACAGCUCCACUUGAUGUCGAGGAGUCGACGGAGCCUCCUAUAUGUGGUUACUCCCACAAGCACCCUUUACAAGACCAUAAUCGUUCAAGAGAUGUAAAAGACGCGCUCGACAGCGAGAAGGCUGCAACAACUCUCUCCGACGAGCCUGAAUCUAUAGCCUAUAACUCUGAACAAGAUCUUCCAGCCUCUGCGGACCAUGCUCACAUUCUCAGCCCCUCUAGCCUCUCGGCACUUCUUAAAGUCGACCUUCAACAUGGGCUCUCCAACGAGGAGGCCUCUUCUCGUCUUGCACGAGAUGGGCCAAAUCGUGUCAGGGAGAUGGAAGGACUAUCCGUAUGGAAGAUCCUCCUGAGGCAGGUUUCCAACAGCCUAACUUUAAUUCUUGUCAUCGUCAUGGGAGUCUCUUUUGGAAUCAACGAUUAUAUUGAAGGCGGCGUUGUCACCGCGGUCAUUCUUCUCAAUAUUGUCGUGGGUUUCGUGCAAGACUACCGUGCGGAAAAGGACAUCCUCUCGCUACAGCGAUUAUCUGCCCCUAUAUGUAAGGUAUUACGUGACGGGCGAGUUGCCCCUAUAAAGGCUGAGUCGCUUGUGGUCGGGGAUAUCGUGCUACUUGCUGUUGGGGACAUUGUUCCAGCUGAUUUGAGGUUAUUCGAUGGCAUGAAUGCUUCGAUGGAUGAAGCCUUGUUGACCGGAGAAUCUCUCCCCGUAGCAAAAACGCCGAAUAUCACCCUUACCUCCCGUGAUAUUCCUAUUGGGGAUAGGACCAACAUGGCCUACUCUGGCUGUAGCACAACUCAAGGCCGAGCAACUGGUGUCGUCACUGCCACGGGAAUGAACACGGAGGUUGGGAAGAUCGCUCAAUUACUCCAGGAUAAAGCUGAACAGGAUGGCUCGAACAUAUUUGUUCGCUUGUUCCACCGCUUAGUUGCUACCGUAAAGAGCAUCCUUGGUCUUGUUGGAACGCCCCUUCAGGUAAAGCUGAGCAAGUUCGCCUUACUCCUAUUUGCACUAGCCAUUCUACUUGCUAUCAUUGUCUUCUCCGUGAACAUUUGGGAUAUCCAAGGCGAGGUUCUCAUCUACGGAAUAUGCGUCGCGGUGGCUGUUGUACCAGAAUCCUUGAUUGCGGUGCUCACUAUCACCGUCGCUGUCGGCACCAAGGCAAUGGCUAAGGGAAAUGUGAUUGUGCGAAAACUGCAAUGCCUGGAAGCUGUGGGCGGUGUCACCAACAUCUGCUCGGACAAGACGGGCACAUUGACACAGGGUAAGAUGGUUGCACGUACUGCUUGGAUCCCAGAUACUGGCAUCGUAACCGUGCAUCAGACCACCAACCCAUUCGAUCCAACGAGCGGGCUGCUUCGACUUGACGGGCAUGAAAUCAAUCCUAAAGGCGUUCAAGAUGACGCCUCAAAUACAUUUAUCACCGCACUCUCGCUAUGCAACCUAUCCACAGUGCACAACUCACGGUCUGGAUCUUCAGAUGAUGUACCCGCUCAAGUCGCUGAGGGCGAGUGGACCGCUGUUGGUGAGCCGACUGAAGUUGCUCUGCGGGUUUUCUCUAUGCGGUUUGGGUAUGAGAAGCAAGAUAUUGUUCGGAAUAGGGGUCUCCAACUUCACACCGAAUUCACUUUUGACUCUUCAGUCAAGAAGAUGACGGUUGUUUACACCAAUAAACAAACUGGACUCAACGAAGUCUAUUCUAAGGGCGCCCCAGAAGCGCUCAUUCCUAGCCUCGACAUUAUUGACGAGGAAAAGGAAGUAAUUCAAGAUACAGCUGAGAGACUGGCUGGAGAAGGACUUCGCGUGCUUUGCAUAGCGUACAAGAAAUCUCCUAUGGACGACGAGUCGCAAAUAUCUUCUCGGAAUAUGGCCGAGUCUAACCUAAGAUUUGCUGGCCUUAUAGGGCUGUAUGACCCACCGCGCCUUGAAACAGCAGCAGCUGUCCGCAAGUGUCAGAUGGCUGGGAUUACAGUCCAUAUGCUCACAGGUGACCAUAUCAGAACGGCGAUGGCGAUUGCAUCGGAAGUGGGCAUCCUCGACCCGAUCGUUAAUGCAAAGUCGAGCCGCCUCGUCAUGACAGCCAAGGAAUUUGACCGUCUUUCAGAUGCCGAUAUCGACAAGAUUGAACAGCUACCGUUGGUUAUCGCACGGUGCAGCCCCACCACAAAAGUGCGCAUGGUCGAAGCAAUGCAUCGACGAGGGGCGUUCUGCGUUAUGACAGGAGACGGUGUCAACGACUCGCCUGCGUUGAAACGUGCUGAUGUAGGCAUUGCUAUGGGCAAGAACGGUAGCGACGUCGCCAAAGAGGCAGCGGAUAUGGUUUUGACGGAUGACAAUUUUGCUUCAAUCGUGAAAGCUGUCGAAGAAGGGCGGCGGCUCUUUGACAAUAUUCAGAAGUUCCUGAUGCACUUGUUGAUAUCCAACAUUGCACAGGCGGGAAACUCAAUCUUCCCUCUGUCGCCUCUGGAGAUCCUCUGGGCCAACUUGGUAACUUCCUCGUUUCUAGCUCUAGGGCUAGGUUUGGAGGAAGCCCAACCGGAUAUCAUGUACCGCCCGCCGCAUGAUUUAAAGGUAGGCGUCUUCACUCGCGAACUUAUCACAGACAAGAUGGUAUACGGGAGCUUUAUGGGCUGUCUCUGCCUUGUGGCGUUUGCGAGCGUCAUCUACGGUGCCGGCCACGGCACCGCAAGCAUGGGAGACGACUGCAAUGAGGGAUGGAAUAGCACCUGCGGCACUGUCUUCGAAGCACGAGCUACGACUUACGCAACUCUUACUUUUCUGCUUCUCGUCACAGCAUGGGAAGUAAAGCACUUCUCGCGGUCGCUAUUCAACCUCGAUCCAGACCGAUACCCGGGCAAACUCUCAGUCUUCCAUUCAAUCUGGCGCAACCAGUUCCUUUUCUGGGCUGUUAUUGCAGGAUUCCUCAUCGCCUUCCCAGUGAUAUAUCUUCCUGCGGUCAACCGCGUGGUCUUCAAGCAUCAAGGUAUUAGCUGGCACUGGGGGAUUGUUUUUGGCUGCGUUGCGGUUUAUCUGACACUUGUGGAGAGCUGGAAAGCAAUGAAGCGACGCUUUGGGAUUGGGUCUGGGAAGAACGCGACGCUGACGAUGGCCGAUGCGGAGAUGAGGGCUGGAUUGAGGAGCCUGACACCCAUUUCCCUGAGUGCCAACGCCAGUGUCGAGGCGAGCUACAAUGCCAGCGUGACGGAGAAGUAG